AUGCUUUUUCCAGCCGGAGACGAACGUUUUGGGGGUAGUGUGUGCGGGAGGGGGGGCGCGGUGCAUCCAAUAAGAAUUUUUCCACUCAGGCCCUCCGCUGCCCAGACGCGGCAGACUCCCAGAGCGGCUCACCCACUCAUCGAAGCGGAUUCUGGGCGGUUUCGGGCUGACCCACGCUGUCAGGGAGCGGACUCCAUUCCGGGGCGCAUUGUUAGGAGAAGGGGCCCCUCGGGGCGGCGCGCUUGGACCCUGGGCUCCCGGUGCCCGCAGAGGGCGGAGAUCCGCGGUGCCCUAGGCCACCUAUCCGCAUCUUUCGAGCCAAACCCCCGGCGCUUGCCCGGACCCGACGGCCCAAGCACUGACUCCCAGGCAAGAGUCGCCCUUCCUGGUCCCCAAGGAACUGACACUACGGCGGACGUUCCCUCUACGACAGUCAGCAGGUCCCAGGAGCGCAGCACGCAACAGCGCAGCGCAGACCCAGAAUUUUCCCGGGGUGAGACCCGGAGGCCCGCGCUCUGGACCGUCCUCCCUACCCAGCCUGGAGGCUGGCGUUCCCCGGCCCACCCGGAGACCUCCCUCCCUCCCUCCUGGGUCGCCGCGCGCCCCAGUUGGAGCAGCCUCGGGGGCUGGGCUCUUUCGGCCGGACUCCCUUCUCCCGGACAUCCAAAGCAGGUUACCUUGUCCACGCUCUCCAGACCACGCUUUGGACUUGCUCACUUUUAUUUAAGAGUCCGACGGGGGAAAGAGGGGAAAAAAAAAAUCCAGAGGAGAUCCAAGUCAACUGGAAGAAAAAAUUUCAAAAGGGUGUCCACAGAGGCGGAAAAAGCCCAGGCUCUACCGACCUUCAAACUACAACAGAGCUUUCAGGAGAAUGCGGAGUGACUGCUUCCCACCCGGACCUCACCAGCAACCCGCACACCCCAGUCACAUUGCUCCUCUUUCAGGCAGAACGGACUCCAACUGCACCACCAGGAGGCCCCCUUCCUGGUGCUGGGCAGUUGCAGAGGCUGUUCAUGGCAUUCCACAGGUGGCGACUGCCCCCCACCCUCCUCCUAGCACUUUAGAGGGUACCUCUGUGACAGACACUAUGGCUAGGUUUCUCUUUCCAACUUCUGUUGGUCUGGCAAGCGACAGAACAUCCUUAUACUGUCCCCCAAUUCCUUUCAGCACCAGCUGCCUCCCCCAUUGGAAGUGUUCAAUAUGGAACUAGAUUAAAAGGAAGACUUACCCCUUAGUUUU